AUGGCUUCUGCGGCAGCAGCAACGACAGAGAAGGGGUCUCCAGUUGUGGUGGGUCUGCUGGUCGUGGGCAACAUCAUUAUUCUGCUGUCAGGCCUGGCCCUGUUUGCUGAAACGGUAUGGGUGACCGCCGACCAGUACCGCGUGUACCCACUGAUGGGCGUCUCGGGCAAGGAUGAUGUCUUCGCCGGCGCCUGGAUCGCCAUCUUCUGCGGCUUCUCCUUCUUCGUGGUGGCCAGCUUUGGUGUGGGCGCAGCACUCUGCCGCCGCCGCUCCAUGGUCCUCACGUACCUGAUACUCAUGCUCAUCAUCUACAUCUUUGAGUGUGCCUCCUGCAUCACGUCCUACACCCACCGAGACUACAUGGUGUCCAACCCGUCCCUGAUCACCAAGCAGAUGCUAACCUUCUACAGUGCAAACUCGGACCAGGGCCGGGAACUGACCCGCCUCUGGGAUCGCAUCAUGAUUGAGCAAGAGUGCUGUGGCACAUCAGGCCCCAUGGACUGGGUGAACUUCACAUCUGCCUUCCGGGCCACCACCCCAGAGGCGGUGUUCCCCUGGCCCCCGCUGUGCUGUCAAAGGACUGGCAACUUCAUCCCAGUCAAUGAAGAAGGCUGCCGCCUGGGCCACCUGGACUACCUGUUCACCAAGGGCUGCUUUGAACAUAUUGGCCACGCCAUCGACAGCUACACGUGGGGCAUCUCAUGGUUUGGGUUUGCCAUCCUGAUGUGGACGCUCCCCGUGAUGCUGAUAGCCAUGUAUUUCUACACCACGUUGUAA